ACAGGACAUCGGGACUGGGCACUUCCUUCCAACAUGGCCGCCACUGCCUCUCCACAGCCACUCACCACUGAGGAUGCGGGUCCUGAGAAUAGCAGCUUCUAUUACUAUGACUACCUGGAUGAGGUGACCUUCAUGCUCUGCAGGAAGGAUGCAGUGGUGUCCUUUGGCAAAGUCUUCCUGCCAGUCUUCUAUAGCCUGAUUUUUGUGUUGGGCCUGAGCGGGAACCUCCUUCUUCUCAUGGUCUUGCUCCGGUACGUGCCUCGCAGGCAGAUGACUGAGGUCUAUCUGCUGAAUCUGGCCAUCUCCAACCUUCUGUUUCUGGUGACACUGCCCUUCUGGGGCAUCUCCGUGGCCUGGCAUUGGGUCUUUGGGAGUUUCUUGUGCAAGAUGGUGAGCACUCUUUAUACUACUAACUUUUACAGUGGCAUCUUUUUCAUUAGCUGCAUGAGCCUGGACAAGUACCUGGAGAUCGUUCAUGCUCAGCCCUACCACAGGCUGCGAACCCGGGCCAAGAGCCUGCUCCUUGCUACCAUAGUCUGGGCUGUGUCCCUGGCCGUCUCCAUCCCUGAUAUGGUCUUUGUACAGACACAUGAAAAUCCCAAGGGUGUGUGGAACUGCCACGCAGAUUUCGGCGGGCAUGGGACCAUUUGGAAGCUCUUCCUCCGCUUCCAGCAGAACCUCCUAGGGUUUCUCCUUCCACUCCUUGUCAUGAUCUUCUUCUAUGCCCGUAUUGGUUGUGUCUUGAUGAGGCUGAGGCCCCCAGGCCAGGGCCGGGCUCUAAAAAUAGCUGCAGCCUUGGUGGUGGCCUUCUUCGUGCUAUGGUUCCCAUACAAUCUCACCUUGUUUCUGCAUACACUGUUGGACCUGCAAGUAUUCGGGAACUGUAAGGUCAGCCAGCAUCUAGACUACGCACUCCAGGUGACAGAGAGCAUCGCCUUCCUUCACUGCUGCUUUUCACCCAUCCUGUAUGCCUUCUCCAGUCGCCGCUUCCGCCAGUACCUGAAGGCUUUCCUGGCCGCUGUGCUUGGAUGGCACCUGGCACCUGGCACUGCCCAGGCCCCAUUAUCCAACUGUUCUGACAGCAGCAUACUUACUGCCCAAGAAGAAAUGACUGGCAUGAAUGACCUUGGGGAGAGGCAGUCUGAGAACUCCCCUAACAAGGAGGAUGUGGGGAAUAAAUCAGCCUGAGUGACC